AUGAGUGAGUCUUCUUCAUAUACUGAAAUUAAUAGCAACAAUAACAAUUCAACUGGCUCAACAGAUUCCAACAAUUCAUGUUCAUCAAGAACUUCAAAUAAAGCAUGUAAUGAAUGUUCAGAACCAUACGAAUCAUUACCGUGGUGUUACAAGUGUGAUUUACCAAAAUAUAGUGAUUAUGAAUAUGGAAGUUGUAAUCCAGAAGUAGAUCGAUUGAUUGAAGAAGCUCAGGAGAAACUGAGAGAAAAGGAUUCUUCUUAUUUUUUUGAAUGGAUACCAUUUAAUAAAUUUAAGGAUUUUCGAAAGAUUGGCGAAGGUGGAUUUGGUAGUGUGUUCAAGGCUACUUUUACUGAUAGAAGCGUUACAGACACGGCACGUAUAGUUGCAUUGAAAUGUAUAAAAACAUCAACAACAAAAGGGUCUUGUGCAGAUUUUUUGGAGGAGGUUAGGAUUCAUGUUUUAUGUUCCUUGGAGUUUGAUACAUUUCUUAAGAUUUAUGGAAUGACCAAAAAUCCAAAAACAUUAGAGUAUAUGAUGGUGACGGCGUAUGCCAACAGGGGAAAUCUGCGAGAUUAUCUGGAAUAUAAUUUUAAAAAACUUAAAUGGACAGAAAAAUUAAAUUACUUGGCAAAUAUAGCCACAGAUCUUGACACAUUACAUACUAAAAAAUUCGUACAUAAGGAUUUACAUACAGGAAAUAUUUUACAACAUUCACCAAGCAAUGGGGAAAAAAUAAUCAGUUAUCUGACAGAUUUUGGAUUAACAAAAUCAUACAAAGAUAAAACUAGUCGAGAUUUUCUGGCAUCUGAUGAAUAUAUUGCGAAUUCUGACCCCUCAAAAGGCAAGUUACAUCCAGAAGCAAUUUAUGUCAGCAGGUUUAUAAAAUUUCCAAAGAUUGAAAAUGAUGACAAUGACAUAUCAGAUAGUGAUGAUGAUGGUGAUUCAACUAGAGAUUCAAAAAUAGUAAAUCUGAGAGUGUCCAAUAUUAUAAAAGAGGAAUCUUUUGAAGAAUUAUCUAACUCCCCAGAAUCUUUAAAAUCUCCAAGGUCUCCAGGAUUGCAAGGAUUUGGUAAUCAAGUUAUUAUUUUAGUUGUUAACAUAAAAUAUUCAAAACAACUUGUGCUUACAUUAUCGAAAGCAAUUCCAAAUUUUUCAUCAAACCAAUUAAGAACUGUUAUUGAAACUGAAGAAAAUUCACAAAUUGAUUCACAAGAAGGUCUUACAUUAUCAGCAGUACUCAAUGGAUUAUCUCUAGAAGAUAAAGUAAAAUAUAAAAUCAAUGAUGAAGAAGCUCUAGAAGAUAAAGAAAAAUAUAAAAUAAAUGAAGAAGAAGUUUCAUUAGCAGCAAUCUUUAGAAGUUUGGAUUCAAGACAAUUGGAUCUUUGUAUAUUAAAAGCAUGUUUAAAUGGUGAUGAUAUUACCGAAUCACAUCAGAGCAGUGAUGUUCCUGGAGAGGUUGAUAAAAAUUUGGAAAUAGUAAUAAUUGAAUCAGAAUAA